GUGCACAGUAUGGCGCUUAUCAUAAAAACUCAAACUCCCACAAUUCCUUGCUCUCGGCGCGGGGUAUCCUGGGUAAUAGUGAAGCAUGUUGCGGAUGGAGUGGCACUAUUUUCCUUCAUGGAUGUAAACCCGGAGUCGCUAACCUACAACUUUUUAAAAAAAGCCUCGCUGAUAUACAAAGACAUUUGUCCUGAACAAUCACGCUUUUUUAUGAGACAACAUCAGAAGAAAGGUCCCGCCCUGUCAGAUUCUGUGCUUUGUCCAUACUGUUACCAAUGGCGACAGCCGGACAACCAUCGGGUGCGUCUGCGACCCAAGCGGCCGCCCACGGCAAGGAUCAGAAGACUUUUGAAGCGGGAACUGAUGGGGAAGAGACUGAGCAGUGAACAGACCAUAGUGCUCCAGAAGUUUAAGAGAGCCUCUAAUGUACUGAUGGCCACUUGUUACACCUGUAAUAGGAUGUCCAGACAACCGGGAGCAAACAGGGAAUUUUUGGCUUCACUGUCAAAGAACCGCGGCACACCGUGGAGUGCGAGCAAACGCAGGACUCCACAGUCGGCUAACAAGGCGACUCCAAAGUCUGUGUUUUCAAACAAAACACCAAGUGGAACACCAAAGUCAGUGUCCUCAAAUGCCAGCUCUUCGUCGUCAAAGUCGGGCAGUGCGAAGUCGUCACCGUUCGCCCGACUCAAGAAACUCCUUAUGUUGGAGGACAAGCAGGAGAGCAAGAAAGGUGGUCUGAAAGACUUUCUCUCCUCUCUCUGAAGAUCUCAAAGCUGUUCGAGAAGAGGCUCUGGCCUACUUUGAGUGCAUCAAGUUUGAUUUGGUGAUCACAGUGAUUCUUCAUGUGUUACUACGCCAUCUAGUGGAGCAGUCACUAUAGCCUGGUUUAUCAAACUCACUCAGACACCAAUACCUUAGGGUUAUAAUAAACAGAAAGUCUGUCUUUCUUCUGCCAGGUGUCUGUCUCUGGAUCUUUGUGGACAAGUGAUAUAACAUUUGUCUUGUGUAGGAGUGUGUUGUAUAUUUAAGUGUUAUUAAGACCUAUGCUGUGACUUUUAAUGUUUGCAUUACUUCCAUUUUGCCCAUUUUGUUUUUUUCUUUAAAGCACACUUUUAUAUCUGUUGUGUGGUUAAUGUUAUUUUUUCCAUGCAGAUGUAUUUGUAGCCAUACUUUUGCAUCAAUGCUACAAUUUUGUAUUGGUAUAGUCCUGGCUUACAUCCUUAAAAUAAGAAUGCGGCUGGGUUUUCUGGAUGUUUACAUUUUGAUGGCCUAUAUGCCUUCAAGCUAUAAAACAAAGACCAAAGAUAUUUUUCUUAUUGGUUAUACUUUUUUCAUCAUAUUUUUCAUUCACAGUGCAAUUAAAAUAACAGUAUUUGUCAUGAAAUAUUUUCAUUAAAUAAGUAUUUUCAA